UGACACUGCGCUUCAACUUUACAAAGAUGGCGAUUACGGAGCUUACCUAGAUCUCGAGGCGUCCAUCAGUGAACAGCAGGAGGAGUUCGAGGGCUUUCAGACAAAUCGGAAAAAUUCCAUCGUUCUGCGCACCCAGCUUUCUGUACGAGUGCACACCAUAAUAGAAAAAUUGCUGAACAGCGAGGGCCGAGAGCUGCGACGGGCACUCUUCUCCCUCAAGCAGAUCUUUCAGGAGGACAAGGAUCUGGUUCAUGAGUUUGUGCAGAAUGACGGACUGGCAUGUCUCAUCAAGGUCGGCAACGAGGCGGACCAGAAUUAUCAGAAUUAUAUACUGAGAGCUCUCGGCCAGGUGAUGCUCUAUGUAGACGGUAUGAAUGGUGUUAUGGAGCACGGCCAGACAGUUCAAUGGCUCUACACCCUCAUUGCCAGUCGGUUUCGGCUCGUCGUCAAGACCGCCCUCAAGCUCCUACUUGUCUUUGUUGAGUACGUUGAGACUAACAGCCUUCUCCUAGUACGUGCUGUACGGUCAGUUGACACCUCACGUGGUAUGAUACCAUGGACUAAUGUGAUGAAGCUCCUCAAGGAUUACGAUGCAGCUGACACUGAAUUACUCAUUUAUGCAACAACACUUGUCAACAAGUGUCUCAACGGUAUACCUGAUCAAGACACUUAUUAUGAUCAAGUUGAUUGUCUUGAGGAGCAGGGAAUUGAGGGAAUUAUUCAGCGGUACAUGUCAAAGCAAGGGACCGAUCUGGAUUUACUCAGGCAAUUUCAAAUUUACGAGGCUGUUUUGCAUCACGAGGACGGCAAUGAUAGGGGCUCACCUAUUCGACAGCUUGACGACAACAUCAGGAAGACUCUGAGGAAUAGAAAAUCCCUCGUAGAUUCCCAAGAGCGUCGAAAAUCUCGUAGACAUUCAACGGGCACAUCGCCACUAUCCAUGUCCUUAAAUGCCCGGCUGAGUCCACGUCUAAAUCAUUCUCUCGGUUUGAAUUCACUGAAUGGUACACUCAAUUCAAGUUUACUCGACGACGACGACGAGUCCAGUAGUUCACAAAGCUCACAGGGCCUUGGUGAUGUUCAAUUAAAUGGAAGCUACAAGGAGAACAAAGGUGGAUAUCCGAACGAUGUCGGAGUGACUCCGGCAUUGAGACGGAGAAGGGAGAGGGCUGAACGUCAACGUAGCUUUAUCAGAGAGCAGCAAGAAGCCACUGCAAACAUGAGGGCCACCAUUGGUAAUACAGAGGAUCAAGAAGGACCAUUCGUUUCAAAUGGCUCACGCUACACCAAUGGCACAACAUACGAGCGUAACGAUUCAACUUGCAACAAGAUAUCAAGGGCCAAUAGCCGCAAGGAUCUCACGCCACUGAUGAACGUUGCUAACAAGCUUGAUUCGGAGGAAAAGAAACCGUGGUAUGGCAAGAGUCCGGAUGAGGGGGUGGAGUGUGACGAGGGCAAUCAUACGGAUGAGGAUGAGGAUCGGAGGGUACUUGUGCAGAUGAAACGGGAUGGUACUGUUAAGGAUUUAACCCAGAAAUUGACGGCCCAGAAUCUCAUACCCAGUAGUCCUGUUGAAGAGAAAGUAUCGAGGAUAGGGGACAUGAGUGGUUUGAUAUCAAAAGCUAAAGAGGGUUUAGCAAAAUCAAAAUCAAAAGCAGACAUAGUCAAAUCACCGACGGGUGAUGGCAUACCAAAAUUACCAGAAAUCAAGAAAUCGGAGAAUGAGCUUCACUGGGAAGAGCUCGUGAAUCAACUGAAGCGUCCAUUGGCACUUUGUGAUCUUGAUUUCACUGAUCUCAAUUCAGACGAUGAAAUUGACGUACUGGGGCCCGUUAACGUGACUAAUGGAGUUCCACCUCCACCACCCCCAAUGAUAUCAAACCAGAAUGGAACAAAAGCACCACCACCACCACCACCUGGUGGACGAUUUCCACCUCCUUUUCCCAACGGUCCACCGCCACUUUUUGGUGUCAAUCUAAAAUCCUCAAGAUCAUGUCCAAUUACGGAAUCUCCUGGGACUAUAAAAACUCCACCACCGCAGACUAUUUCAAAGAAGAGUAAAAAAACUGUUAAACUCUUUUGGAAGGAAGUCAGGGACGAUCCCAUCAUUCUCUCGCGUCUCGACAAAAACAAGAUGAUCUGGGAUGAGCUACAACCGGUGCCUGUUGAUACCCAAAAACUGGAGCAUCUCUUUGAGAGUCGAGCCAAGGAUCUCAUCACCAAGAAACAACAGGAGAUGAACAAAAACAAGGAGAUAAUUGUUCUGGAUCACAAGAGAUCGAAUGCCAUUAAUAUCGGUAUGACUAAGUUACCACCGCCCAGAUCCAUCAAGACUGCUAUUCUCAAGAUGGAUGCUACUAUUAUGAAUCGAGAAGGGAUUGAGAAACUUUUAACGAUGCUACCAACAGAGGAAGAACGAUCGAGGAUCCAAGAGGCGCAGGCCGCCAGUCCCGAUCUUCCACUUGGUUCAGCUGAGCAGUUUCUCCUCACUCUCGCUUCCAUAUCCGAACUGCCAGCGAGAUUGAAGCUCUGGGCGUUCAAACUAGACUUCGAGAACUCGGAGAAGGAAAUUGCGGACCCUUUGAUGGAUCUCAAGCAAGGAAUGGAAACUCUGAGAGUGAAUAAAACGUUUCGGGGUAUUCUGAGCACGCUCCUAUCAAUCGGGAUAUUCCUAAACGGAAAUGAGGUAAAGGGCUUUCAACUCGAAUACCUAGCCAAAGUACCUGAAGUCAAGGACACUGUGCAUAAGCACUCACUCCUCCAUCAUCUCUGUCACAUGGUGAUGGAGAAGUUUCCAGACUCAACAGACCUCUAUUCCGAGAUAGGGGCAGUAACUAGAGCAUCAAAGAUCGACUUUGACGAGUUAGCAUCAAACAUUUCCAAACUGGAGAGCGAAUGCAAGGCAUCCUGGGAUCACUUGAAACUCAUCGCCAAACAUGAUGGCUCAACUAUGAUGAAAGUCAAAAUGUCUGAUUUUCUUGCUGAUUGUGCGGAAAGAAUAAUAGUCCUCAGUAUAGUACAUCGACGUAUCAUCAAUAGAUUUCACAAGUUCAUUCUCUGGCUGGGAAUUCCCCUUCAUCGUGUGCAGGACACAAAGCCAAAUGAGUUUUGCAGAAUAGUGUCGGAGUUUGCCCUAGAAUACAGAACGACCCGGGAGCGUGUCAUUCAGCAACUGGAGAAGAAAGCGAAUCAUCGGGAGAGGAAUAAAACCAGAGGGAAAAUGAUAACUGAGGUGGGUAAAUUCAGAACGAAAGAGGAUCGUGCAGACGCUGAACUCAGACAGCUUUUGGGCAGUGAUAUUUCUGAUGUUGAGAGUCUACAUGGCACUCUACCAUGGCGCAGGCAGAGAAAAGAUGGACGUACGGCGCUGGGUCCAAUCCUGAGGGACGAGUCAACUAACGGCAACGUGACAGAUGGUGAUGACGAGUUGCUCGAGUCCCUGGUGAAAACUGCAACCAAGUCACCAGCAACGAGAACAACACCGAGGGAGAGAAAACGAACGAGACACGCCGAUCGUAAGUCUUUACGAAGAACGUUGAAGAAUGGACUGUCGGAAGAAGAAAAGAAGCACAUUGCUGCGUACAUAAAAGGCUACUGAAUCUAUAUUAUUACGAUAACUGUGAUAUAUAAUGUGCGCCAUUGAUGCCUCAGACGUUUUUUGAGGUGAAGAAGAUGCAACGUGUUCGUGAGCUUCUCGGUGAAUAAACGCAGUGAAAACAGAACGACUGUGGAAAGGCAAAGAAGAGUAUCUCUGAUCAAAAAUAAGGGGCUAAGUGAAUUCAAUAGAGGGGGAUAUGCUCUAUGAAAACAUAUUUUCUAAUGUUUUUCGUGUUGAAAAAGAAUAUAAAGGAGAAGUAGCACGAUAGAUCGACUUCUACCACUUGAUAUUUGACUUGCAAUGCCUUUUUCAUGAUAAAAACAUUUUGAAUUGGAUGAGAACAUGUGCAUAGCCGACAUUGCAUCUGUGCAUUCAUCCGUGUCUGUUCUCAUUCCUCUUCUCCUCCUCUCCCUCCUCCCUCAACUUAACUCUGCUGAUUAACAAAAAAUGUAACAUCGAUGUGAGGGCUCUUACGUAAAUGGCGCGUCCCUGUGAACAUACUCGGGAUUUUCCCCAGUUCACAGAACUAAAGUUUAACUUUGAAGCAAAAAAUAAUUGGAAUUUCUAGCCAACACUUGCUGUAACUAUUGAAGUUUCUCCGAUAUUUUAUUCCAUGUUGAAAGAUACAAAUGGAAGUCGAUCCAUCGUGCUUCACUGUGAUAAGUUAAUGAAUACUAAAAUUUCAUUUAUUUGAUGAUAAUGUAAAAAUUGAAGCUGUUGAAAAAUUAUUUUCCCAAAUUAUUGGAGAAAUUAAUGGAUUUUAGGAAUGGAGACUCUAAGUCAACUGCCUUAUCGUCUACGAGAAUGUAGAUGCACGAUGAGAUUUAAACUAGCCUUAAUCUUUAUUUUAUUAUCGAUGAGAUAUGAUGAAUGGGAAAUAAUCAUGUGAAUAAAUUUUUGUGAUUGAUGUUUCAUGAAAUAAAGAAUGAUGAAUAAACAA